AUGGAGCUGAGCGUGAGCGACGAGCUGCAUCCGGUAGUUCGUGGCAAUGUCUCGGGCGACGGGGGCGCGGGCAGGGAGCUCACCUUUGUCACGCCUGCGGUUGGCAAUGGGUCGGCGUACCGUGACGUCACAGUCCGCGACGGUCUGACUGGCGCGUUUGCAGUCUACCCUGAUCUGUACUUUACGAACGACUGCCCGUACGAGGGCGUCUUUGGCCGCAAGAACGAGUGUUUGGCUUGCCCACACGGUGCUGUCUGCCCUGGCGGCUACCGGCUCUGGCCGCAGGCCGGUUACUGGAACAGUCACGAGAGCGCCGGAUUUGUCACCCGAUGCUCGGCGCCGGACGAUCGGUGCCACGGUGGGAGGCACUCGCGAUGCGGGGCAGGCUAUGCCGGCCGCGCUUGCGCGAUCUGCGCCGGCGGGUACUUUGAGAUUGGAGCGACGUGUGUGCGUUGCGGAACGGCGACAAUGCUGCUAGCAGCGGCACAGCCGCUGCUGUGGGUGGUGUACAUGGUGAUCCACGCCGUGGCGCGCGACCGGACGUUAACAGCGUUGACCCAGGCCCAGCUGAGCAUGCUCGGUCUGUACCUGGUUGGCCGGUACGCAGUCGGGCUGCUGUCAUCGUCGAUGACCAACGUGUUUACCGUCCUCGGCGUCCUUGUCUUGGAUCCAUCCGCGGUCCGGCCCGAGUGCCAGGUCGCCAUUGUGUCGCGGUCAAUAUCGCUCGUUCUACCAAUUGUCGCCUCGUGUGGCCGCGCAUUCACGCUUGUUGCCAUGCACCUUGUACUCGCCAGAACCCUGCCUCAUCGACGCACGUUUUACGUGCGGCGGCUUACUCGGUCGCUAUGCCUCUUUGGUAUGUUGGCGUAUGGUCGAGUUGUGGAGGCCGCAGUCAGCACGAUGCUGUGCACCCGGGCACAAGCCGAGCAUGGACGGGGAGUGUGGGUCCUCGCCUCUGCGCGCGACGUCGAAUGCGGCGCGACGACCCAUACACCGGCGCUGGUCAUUGGAGUGGCGACGGUUGUCGGCUACGGACUUGGAUUUCCACUGUGGAUGGCGGUCACGCUGCGGCGACUGGAUCGAGUCGGACGGCUCUCGCUCAUUCUUGCUCUUGCACCGACCGAAAAUGCUUCGCCGCUGUCGUCGCCGACGACGCCGUCGGUUCAAGAGGCGACCAAGGGCCGGUCACGAUCACCGACAGUUGGGUUUGGUGGCGCGGUGGUGUUGGCGGGGCGAACGCCACGGUGGUCACACCGGUCGUCGCACUCGCGGUCGCGAUCAGCGUCGCGAUCACGCGCAAUUGUUUCGGUGUCAAGCUCGAGGUCGUCGAUUGGCCAGGGUAGCCCGAGCGCGUUCUCAAAGUCGUCGUCCAAAUCGUCCAAGUCGUCAACAUCGACAUCGGUACCACAUGACAGCAGCUUAUCAUCGGCGUCGGUCUCGAGCUCGGAGAGCGAGAGCAGCUCGUCAAGGAGUGGGUCACCGACGAGUGCCACGACGAGCCCAACGACAGGAAGCUCGUCAACAUCAUCAAGUCCAAGCACUGGGACGAGGUCGUCAAGCCUUGACAGCUCGUGCACCGAGCGGCGCCAGCGUGGCUACUACUUGGCAAGCGGGUCGUCGCUCUCGGCCUCGUCAGCCGCGCCCGAGUUUGCGAGCAGGCCACCCGAGUUCGGCUCGAGCGGAUCGCUCGCGGCUGGGCUCGGCUCCGAGUUCUCAGAACAGGCGGAGGAACUAGACGGAGUCGAGGCGGAGUAUGCAGACGGAGUCAUGCCUGUCGUAUACAUGCAACAGCUGCAUGCCAUGAACCAUGGCAUCGAUCUGCCGUUUGCGGGAGAGAGCGAGAAUGAGGAACUAAGCAACGAUCCCGAGACGGCAAUCAACACCCGGUUCAAUGCAUCGUUGACGACCCGCAGCGAGCUCCCAAUUGUGGCCCGACGGACGCCGUCUCCGCUGGACGAGUUGAUGGCCACUAGCAGCAGUCGCGGCGAGCUAGAGCUGGCCGGCACUCUGGGCAUCAAGUCGGAGCGGGCGCGGUAUGGAUGUCUGUUUGAGCUCUUCCGCUACCGCAGCAGGUAUGGAGCCGUGGCCGAGAUGUGUGAGGUAUUUUUCUUGGCGGCGACCCUUGCAGUGCUUGGCAACGCGCCGUUGGCGCAAGCAUGUGUUGGCGGAGGCAUGUUGUUGAUGGGAGCAAUGUGCUGGGCGGCUGCGCGGCCGUUUCCGUCGGCGAGUGGCAACACGAUCGAGUUCGGGAUGCGGGUGAUGGGCGCGAUUGUGGCUGGUCUCGGCCAGGCGGUCCGCUGCGGGCCACUUGCCGAAUGGCGCGGUGCGGUGAGCGACUCGGUCGCGCUCUGCCUGCUCGGCGGCGUGCUCGGCGGAUCCGUGGUCGCGGGCUGCUGGGCGGUACGGAGCCACGUGAAGCGCAACAGCGGCGACAACGGCGACACGAAUUUGUCGAGCGCCAGGACAGCUCCAGGAGGCACGAGCAUGGAGUCAAUGACAGGGAGUGAGGGGCGUCAGUCGCUGGCCAUGCUCUCACAGUCCCAGGCACAGGUGCGCAUCUCGGACGUGCACUUGCUGCCGCGCGUCUCGUCUCUAGCAUCGGUGCGGAGCAACGGGUCGUACUCGUCAGCUGGUACGCCGACCUCACAGCGGUCGCCAGCCAAGGCGGGUGGAGUAGGGCGGGGCCUGUCGCGCGUCGUGUCGUCUACCGAGAUAUCGAUGUCGCGGUCACGCACAUCGUCACGGAUCAUGGUGCCGGGUACCGCCUGUGAGUUCGGGGAGCAGAUGCUGUCAGAGCCGAUGGAUGCCGGCGCGGCGCCAAAGAGCAUGAUGGGAUCGCGAAGCGAGCCGCGGCUGGUGCGGAUGGUUCGCGAGUCGCGGAUGCAGCGAGCGAGGGCAUCGCCUAGAAGCGGGCGGACGUUGUCGGCGUCUGAAGGCGUCCAGCGGUUGUCAAUGCAGACAUCCCAGACUCGCCGCAGCUUGCGCAAAGCGCUCAAAGCGGUGGCUGGGCCGAGGAAGACUCGAUCGCGUCCGGCGUCGCCUACGGCUGCCGCGUCGCUGACAUCGCCGCAAUCGCGUGCGACAUCGCCGGCAUCCCCGAUCGAAAGCCGGCGGCGGAUCUCGUUCUCGCCCUUGGCUCGCGACGUGGAGUCGCAGUCACGCAGCCGCAAGGCGUCGCGGUCCCAGUCUCGCUCUGGGUCGGGCUCGCGAUCGCGCCAGCAAGCACUCAAUCCCGUCUCGCUCCCCAACUCUCGAUCGGCAUCACCGGUACGAAUGGGUCUCGGUGUUGAUGAUGCACAGUUGUAA